AGCAGAUCGACAUGCUCCCCCUGAGCCUAGGCGUUCCCCUUGCUAUUGUCUCAGUAAUUGGUCUCCUCAUGAAUGGUUACAUUCUGUUCGUUGUCAUUCUCACGAAACAGAUAUCGGCCAACAAUAUUCUUCUACUGCAUCUGGGUCUCGUGGAUUCGCUGCUGUGCUUCCUCUUUUUACUCUUCUCACUGCCCAGCAUCGCUCGCCCUGGCACCUGGCUCAUUGCAGAAGAAACUCCGUGCAUGCUGCAGGGUGUCCUGCUGAUCCUCCUGCAUCCUGUUGCCCUGUGGACGGUGUGUGGGCUGAAUUGUGACCGUUUCUAUGCCAUCGCGGCACCCCUGCACUACGGAACUCUCGUUAAUACGCGCAAAGUAAUGGUAGGAUUGGGCUGCGGCUGGCUCGCGGCCAUCCUCCUGUGCAUUCCGCCCUUCAUCAGUGUAGCUCCCUUCCGGUACAGCCCUGAUUUAGGGGCAUGCACGCCGGAUUUUGAAUUCAGCGGCUCCCUGUGGUACGCUGUGGCCUACACCUUUAUCACCUUCAUCCUGCCCGGCGUUCUCAUUGUGGGCUGCAAUAUCAAGGUCCUGAUGAUUGCUCGGUAUCACCGUCAUAGGAUCGCCUCAGCAAUCUACGAGGUUACCCUCUCGGCUCAGGUGACCAUCACCCACCAAAGAAAUCCCUUCUUCGUCCCAACGGUCACAGCUCCAAGUGCUGGAGGACCCAAAUUCCGAUCCCGGAGUCCUGUAUCCAGUGUUCUGCAACUCGUGGGGUCCUUCUUCAUUCUCUACGUGCCGUACUACGUUGUAAUCCUGUGGCAGGGCGUUGCGGGCUUCAUGUACGACACCCAUGCUGUGGAUGUGCGCGUAAACAAGCACCUAGCUGUAACAGCAGCCGUCCUGCUGACGUGCUCAUCCCCCGUAAAUGGGCUACUGUAUGGGCUGAAGAGUAAAGUGAUGCGAAAAACAUUCCAAAACUAUUGGCGCAAGCAGAUGUCCAAGAACCAAAUGAACCACGAGAUCCAGGCGAGAACGCCAUCGACAUGUGGCUCACGUAGGCCAUCGCUAACGCCACUGGGCUUCCUGGUGAGGCCUGCACUCCAGCGAAGGCUCUCGGAGACUCUGAUAAAUCUCGACCGGGGCGGAGAGUCUGGAAAGCCACAGAUGAAGAGAAUAGCCUCCGAGCUUGCAUGGCGACCAAUGGGCUUCAAUGGGGGACUUGAUAGCCCCACAGCUCCCCAGAGAGAUACAAUCCCCCACACAUCCAGCUGUAACACCCUCCAAGUGCCGAAAGUGGACAACGAGGUGGCCACAGUGGCAGACCAAGAGCUAUAUUUGAGCUUAAAGAAUUCCUUCCGGGGCUCUGGGAAGAGCACCAUAAAUCCCCGGGCGCACAAUACCCUCGUAUCGUCGACAAAGCCCGUUCUUAGCACGGCAAAUCUCCUGCUGCACAAAGUCCUCCGGCUGGAGCAUAGUCAAGCCAAUGGGGAAUCGUAUCGCAACAUGAAGAAACUACCCACACAAAUGUCCCCAGCAAGGCGUUCCCCGCGAAUCCUCAUCACGCGAGCCUUUUCCGAAGAGAGCGACAAGACACCCUCAGGCCCAGGUUCGCCGGCCAAGGAGAAGCUCCAUCGACAGUACUCAAGCUCAUGCACCCUCCUCGAGAGAAAGUGGAAGAUGGUAAAGUACCAAGACGAGGAAGGGAGAGAAAGUGAUAGUGAAUCUGACUCCAGGAAGCCAGAUUCGAGUACUGCGAGUAAUUCCACAACCGUGUCUGAGGCUUCAUGUCGCAGGUAUUCCUCCCUGGAGGAGCACACAUCUCUCGGGAAGGAAGCAUUUGGGGAUGCAGAACCAGCUGAAGAGCAACUGCUGCUGUCGUGGCCUACGACAAGAAAGAAAUUCGGCGCUAUAAGUAGACAACGAAAAUUCAACGGCAACAACUCUUUCCUUGGGCAUCGUGGUCUCAGACCAAAUCCCCUGUACUCCGAUCGAUCUGAAGAACCAGAAGUUGUCCUCUAA